AUGGGAGAAUCUGGUCUAGACGAGUUUAUAAGUGACUCGAUAAAACUUGCAGAACAUGUGUUAGAGGCAGCAGAAAACGAUCACCAACAUGAACCACAUGAACCACAUGAGCCACGUGAGCAUCACGAGCAAGGCUCGAGAAACAACUCAGAUACUUUGCUGGUACCAGUGCUGGAAGAUGUAUCACCUAUAGAGGACAUAAAAGAACAGCUACAAUCACCAAGACAAGCUCACCUUCAAAACUCUGUAUUUAGUUCUAGAAAAAACAGCACCGGGUCCAACAAAAGCAGAGGUUCCUCUUUUGCUAGCAUAUCAUCCACGUCAUCGGCUGCUUCUAGUCGACAACCUCCAUUGUUGCGUGCUCAGACGGCAAGCAAUGCCGUACCGCUUGUGAAUUCACAACUGCAUGUGAAAAGAUCGCUUAGUAAUGGCAAUAACGAAGUUGGCAUACAACCGGGUGCAAGCACACUUGCUUUGGGUAAUAAGAAACCAGCAAGCCCUCAAACAAAAUCGCGAAGUGGCAGUGGAAGUAGUGUUGGUGGAGGCAUAGGCGCUCCUCCGAUGACCAAGCCCUCGGUCAGCCGUUCUCCAAGUGGCUCGGUGAUAAGAACACGAUCAAGAACAGCAACUCACUCGUCAUCAUCGUAUAAUUCACAUCAAUUAGAUGCCCAAUAUUUAGCACAAGAAAAGUCAUACUUGAGAAAACUUAAAAACCAGACCGUGGAUGAUUAUUACACCAAAGGAAUUACUGGUGCAGACGAUGAUGGUGGGGCUAAGAGCAUUGCAGAGGAAGAUGAAGACGGCUCCGAUGAUGAAGAUGACGAUGAUGAUGACGACUAUGUUGACGGAAACGGGAAUCGAGGCAUGUCAAACAAAAACAGCGAGAAUGCAACCUUGUUAGCUGCUAUUGACGAAGACAAGUAUCAGAUCGAUUAUAGUAUGGCACUCUCCUUAAUGAAAAAUUCCAACGUCAAUUUAACCAAAAUUACAAAUUUUAAAAACCAAAAAGCCGAUGACCCAGCGGUGAUUGAACGGUUGGAUUGGCAAUCAAUGUUAACUUCGGUAUUAACAGGUGAUGUUGUUAGAUCAGAAAAGACCAAGCUCAUAAAUAACAAUAACCCGGAUAAUCCAUUGGAGAGGUAUUUUCAUACCACUUUUAAAGAAAAUAUUUGGAUUGGGAUACGUGCAAAGAUGUUUAAUAGAACCGAAGAUGACCAAAGAAAAAUCGUUGCUUAUAGGCGUACUUUGGUUGAGCAAUUGAUUGAUGAUAUCAUGCAGUUUGAAGUGGAUUAUAGUAGUGCCAGUGGCAUUUCAAUUAGAGAACAAGUCGAGUCGAUAUUGAAUCGAUACGACGAGGCAUGCAAUUUGUGGAGGAAUCUUGAAGAUAUGCGAAGUGAUAAGCCUGCUUGUCGAAGUGAGGAAUUCCAAAAUAGGUUAGAUGCAUUAACCGCAUGGCUUACAAUUACCGAUGGUAUCAAUCGCGAAACUGAAACAUUAAGAGUUUGGAUUGGAAACGACGAACUCGAUAUUACUAAAUCGCCAGUAGAGUUUCAUUCAAAUCCAGCUCAUCCAGAAAAUGCAUCUGCGACAUCACCAGACUCUAGCAGCAAGAUUGUCAAGGAAAUCUUUGAUGAGGAUCACAAGUCUCUUGCUGAGAGGUUGAUGAAGGAAAAGGAUGUGCACACCAUUUUCAAGAAGCGAAUAUUCAAACUCAUUUCUCCUUGGAUGAUUAAAUCAAAAGAAACAUAUAUUCGAUUGGGCCACAUGUUUGAAAUUAUGAAACUUCCAGACUACUUGCAUGACUUGAUUCAAAUCUGUGUUAUACCAAUCAAAUUGAUUAAAGAAAUUAUUAUUGUACGAUUAGGCUACGCCAUAAAAUUGCAAAACCCAACAUUAAUGAUGAUUGAUCAAAUGCUUGAAGAUUUCAAAUCGUACAUUACAAUUGCUUUAGAAGUCAAGCUGGGGAUUCAAGAAUAUAAGAGACCAGACCCUUCCAAGAACUGGCUUCUUGGAGACUUGUUUGAUAACGAAAUUGCCGAUUUUGAUACUGUUAUUUUACGAUCGAUUCGAUAUUAUUUGGUGCUUUUGAAUAAAAAGCUUCUUGAUAGCUCGAGGUCGCCAACAAAUUUCAGAACUUUUAAAGAACCCGAAGAACUUGAAGAAGCAUGGACUUUCCUUAAAUCACUCGGCUAUUUUGUAGAUGGUGGGUCAGCUGUUGUCGCAGAGGAAGUGGCCAAUUUGACACUGCGAUUGAACCAUCGAUUAUUGGCAUAUUUCAAUCAUGCUAUUAGGUCCCCUUCGUAUAGCGGUGAUCCUCGUGAUUUGGUAAGAUGGUACAGUGCUACUUUGGACAAUUUUGGCCAAACUCGAAGAAAAUUGGCAAGAUUCACUGGAGACAUUUCUAGGUCCUUCUCCAACUCAUUGGUAUUUGAAAUUCCUGUUUCCGCGCAUCAAAAUAGUACAAAGAUCCUCCUUGAUAUCUUGAAAGCGACAAAUCAUUUUUUGGUGUAUACAAAUACGGUUGAAGCACAUGGUACUUAUUUUUUUGCAAGUGCUGAACUUGAGGGCAACGAGCAUGAGAUUUUGAAAAUUUUGAAUGGUGACUAUGUGGGGUUGGACCCAAGCGCGACACAAGCUGCAUUCUCUGAAUUACUUUCCUUGAUCCAACCUACUGAUGGCUGGAUUAUGCAAGAUCAGCAAUUACAGGACCCUACUAAAUACGCUUAUGUUAUGGCACUUUGCCCAAUGAAACCCAUUGUUUGGGAAGGUGCCGUUGUUAAUGUUACGAUUGACUCUGUUCCCAUAACCGACUUGAAGAAUGGACAACUCCUUGUGGUUACCAAAUCUCCGCACACCGAGAUGCAUGAGACACGUAACAAGCUUUUGGAUUUAUUAAGCGAUGUGCUAAUGGUUGGAGGUGGAAUGAAGCCAAUUGAACAGCGAUGUUCAUUGGCUAAGGUUCAUCUGGAGUUGACAAAAACGAACAAAGCUUUCUUUCGUAUGAGUUUAUCUGUUUUGGAUUCGGUUAGGAUAGCCCGUGAUCAAUUCAAACAGUUGGACACAAGGGGUGAUUAUCAAGCUGUUAUCAAUAAUUAUUUUGUGUUUGCGCGUGAUUACGGUAAGAAUGCAGCCAAGAACCUUGACGCUUCAAGGAAAUCGGCAGUCAUCAUGAAGUUGAUCCAGUUGGCCAUUGACUGGGUAAAAUUCAUAUGUGAUGAUUGUAUUCCAACGGACAGGAAAACCUUUAGAUGGUGUGUUUUGGCAUUAGAGUUUGCCAUGGAUAUGACUAGAGGAGUCAAUAUAUUAUUCUUGAAUGAUGAGCAAUUUAGUAAAUUGAAAGUGAAGGUGGCGCGAUGCAUGUCGUUGUUGAUUUCCCAUUUUGAUAUUAUGGGUGCUCGUUCAAGUGAAGCUGAAAAGAACAAGUUGCUUAAAUGGUCAUCUCAAAGGGGAAAUAUAGAGAAUCUGAACGAUGAGUAUGCACACAAAUUGUACCGUGAAGAAGUUAUGCAGCAGAUUGCCGAAAUUGAAAAGUAUAGGGAAGAGUUGCUGAAUGAAUACCAGUCGACUGGAAAAGUUAUUGAUAAUAGUGAUCUGGAGUAUCAAUUUGUUACACUCUUGGCUUCUUCAUUUUCCAGUGUCUCAAUUAGGUGGCAGAAAGGUAAAUAUAUUGGUGGAGGUACUUUUGGUCAAGUAUUUUGUGCUGUGAAUUUGGACACUGGUGGUAUAAUGGCCGUUAAGGAGAUUAGGUUUCAUGAUAGCCAAUCCAUAAAGAGCAUAGUUCCACAGAUCAAAGAAGAGAUGACGGUGUUGGAAAUGCUCAACCACCCGAAUGUCGUUCAAUAUUUUGGUGUAGAAGUGCAUCGUGACAAAGUUUAUAUCUUUAUGGAGUUUUGUGAAGGAGGCUCUCUAGCAUCGUUGCUCACUCAUGGACGUAUUGAAGACGAGAUGGUGUUGCAAGUAUACACUCUUCAGAUGUUAGAAGGUUUGGCAUACUUGCAUCAAUCUGGUGUGGUGCAUAGGGAUAUUAAACCAGAAAACAUACUUCUUGACCAUAAUGGUGUUAUUAAAUUUGUUGAUUUCGGAGCAGCCAAGGUGAUUGCCAAUAGUGGGAGAACAAGAGUUUCUACACAAUCCAUUCGUCCCGCUGUUGCUGGUGCUGGUAAUAACAAUCAAGAGAAUUUAAACUCUAUGACCGGUACUCCGAUGUACAUGUCCCCAGAAGUCAUUACCGGUGCUUCUGGCGACCGAAGUGGAGUAGUCGAUAUUUGGUCAUUGGGGUGCUGUGUGUUGGAAAUGGCUACUGGUAGAAGACCAUGGGCCAAUCUUGACAACGAGUGGGCUAUUAUGUACCACAUUGCUGCUGGUCAUAAACCACAACUACCCUCCCCUGAUCAAUUGAGCGAAGAAGGAAGACGUUUUGUUUCGAGAUGCCUUGAACAUGAUCCAAAAAAGAGACCAAGUGCAGUGGAGUUGCUCAAUGAUCCAUGGAUGGUGUCUAUCAGACAGUUGGCUUUUGGUAGUGGAUCAGAAUUGAGUACGCCUUCAUCAGAGAAUGGCAGUGUCAACUAA